GGGAAGAAGAGCUCUGGAGGUGGAUGGAGGUGAGGGUUGGAAAACAGUGAACGCGCUUAGCACCACCGAGCCGUACACCUAAAAAUGGUUAAAGUGGUGUGUUUUCUGCCACGUGCAUUUACCACCAUAAAGAACACACUUCUCCUGAAUGCAUGUCCUAGACCGAACCCCCAGUACCGCUCCCUCCAGCAUCUGCUCACCCUCUGAUCCCUGCCCCUCACGUAGAAGACUCUAGCGUGUGGCCAUCAUUUCCUCUCCAGAGCCGUUCCUGUCAUCAUUCUAUUUCUUCAGCAACCUUGUCAAUGACCUGUGCUGUACUCUGGUCUCCCAGCGCCGUGAUUUCUCGACCCCAGAAGUCUACUGCCCUCCCCCACGUCAGCCCCCACCUCAGCCAUCCCUGGAGUCGGCGAUGACCGCCCGCACCUCCUGGGAAACCUCAUCCUCAGACCCCAUCCCCGCACCAUGACCGCACCGCCCUUCCUGCACACUCGCCCGCUCUCAUCCUUUCCUCCACAAGCUCCCUGGUCUCUGAGGCCUCCAGCCCAUUCCCCCCUCCAUGGCCCUCACCUUUGCUCACCUAUGCUCACCUGUCCUCACCUGUGCUCACCUGUCCAUACCUGUCCUCAGCAGCCUCCAUCCUUCCUCCUCCUCUGCACUUCCUGCGUGAUCCAGGGACAUGCCCAUCUCAUUUGUGGUUGCAGUUCCUUCUUAGAAGCCUCAAGCCCCACACGCCAUGUCACAGUCCUCUCCUCAGGUGCCCUCUCCUCAGAGACCCCCCACUCUUCAGAGACGCCCCGAGGCCCUGACUGUGACUGUCGUCCCCACGUCAUGCUCUAGGGUCUCAACCAUUUCCCAUCUUGGCAACACUUCUUGGACCCGGAGUUCUCCAACCUAUUUGUUUUCAUGGCUUGUGUCUGUUUCUCUCACUGGAACCCUCGGCAGAAACAGUAUAGUUCACCCCCGUGGUCAGCGCCUGCAGCGCUGAUGCAUACAGGGGGUGCUCAGUACACAUUUGUGAUCAGUUCAACAGGAGAACACUUUGAAAACAAACGCAAGUCGUGUCUUUACCCUCUUGACGCUAGGUUUAUAACUGGGUCGCUCUUUACCUGAACCUCCUGAGAAGCCAUCAAACAAAGACUUGGCGUAUUUUCAACAUUUGGGAAACCAUGAAACGGAGCAGCCAGGAAGGAUGUUUAGAAGGGAUCCCCUCCACCAUUUCUCCUGAUGUCUUGCUGACAGUAUCCCAGGAUGCUGGACAAUACUAAAGUCCUUUGCAAUAAGCCUGAUUGUGCCUAUUGGACACCAGAUUUAGGCAAAGAACUGUGUAGGAUUUCUGCAUCAAACAGACACCACCUCAGUCAUUAUUUUUCUUUGAAAGCUUCCUCCUCAUAAUGCUUUCCAGUUCUGUGACACAAGGGUCAAAAACACUGGGAAGACAAGGAAAACACCUUGCAGCGGAGGAAAAUCACGAAGGAACACCUGAAUAGGAGAGGGGGCAAGCAGGCAUCUGGAGUCCGUCGUGCACGCUUCGCGUGGGAGGGCUUCCCGGGCCCGUGUUCACCACCCUGUGGUCAUUGCGAGGCUCAUGCGGUCAGUGCCCUGGCCAGGGACAGGUAUCCCGGUGGUUAUAAAAGCGGGGUCCCCUCCCCUUCUUCCAUUACCCUGUCUCCUGCUAGACUUUCCCGAUUGUGUUUUUAGCUUUCUUUAAAAUGAUACCCUACAAAUAGAAAAGCGCACAUAUGGUUUGGUACAUUUUCACAAACCAAACACGCCUGUGUAACAAACGCCCUGUUCGCACUGUACGACAGCACGUUACCAGCUCCCCGAAUUCCCUCCUCAAGGCAAGCACUCUUCUGACUUCCCAAAAGCAGAGAACAGCUUUGCCAGGGUCUCUAUUCUCUGUAACUGUAUAGAGAGUAUACAGGUUAUCAUUUUAACCUUGGCUACAUCGGCACUCCAGCAAGCCACCUUCCACAACGGUUAGGUCCCUGAGCCAUAGCACACAAGAAACUGCAAGAAGCAAACCAUAUUCCCGACUGGCUUCUGCCUGUGAUGUUGGCAAGGUCUGUAACCCGAUGACCCAGGCUGACAACCUGGCCGUCUCCAUGCUUCAGAGCCCAAGCCAGAGCAGCAUCAGGCAGCCUGUCCCUCUGUCCCUCAGCCUUCCCUUCUCAGCUGUCCAAAAUGAAAAUGUAUUUCCCAAGCCAAAGCACAUUCAUCCAAAGGUCAACUUCCUCCCUAACAAGGCUCACCACCUACAAUGAUGCUUCAGAAGGCAGAGUAAAAAAGAAAAACCUCAGAGGGAGGAAGAACAUCCUUGCACAAUUUAACCCGUUUUCUAGUGACCUGGGGCAAGCAAAGAGGCAGAGUGAUUGAUACGGAGCCUUCCUUCCUAAUCCAAGGCCCCGCGAUGUGGACCCGGGCUGUGGCACGUGGAGAGAGAACAGGGGGCAACAAGAAGGACAUCCAGGAGCCGAUGGGAUCAGAACGCGUGGAGAUGCGAAAGCGGCAGGUGUGCGCCGCCCAGGGGCCCGCAGCCUCCGCCCCAGGCCCGCGCGGAGUGGGGAACCGGGGGCCCAACGCUUGCUGCUUCUGCUGGUGCUGCUGCUGUAGCUGCUCUUGUCUCACUGUUAGAAACCAAGAGGAACAGAGACUCAGGAGUGCUUCCUAUGAACUCAGAACAGAGGACCUUCCCAUCUGUGAAGAAAGCCCGGGUCCCAGCCUGGAGGAGGCCCGCGCCUGGGCCCAGUCCUUCGACAAACUCAUGCUCAUGCCUGCGGGAAGGAACGCGUUCCGGGAGUUUCUCCGAACGGAGUUCAGUGAGGAAAACAUGCUCUUCUGGAUGGCGUGUGAGGAACUGAAAAAAGAAGCUAAUAAAACCACGAUUGAAGAGAAAGCACGAAUAAUAUAUGAAGACUACGUUUCUAUUCUUUCUCCUAAAGAGGUCAGCCUGGACUCCCGCGUGAGGGAGACCAUCAACAGAAGCAUGGCCGAGCCGUCCCCUCACAUCUUCGAUGACGCCCAGCUGCAGAUCUACACCUUGAUGCACAGGGACUCGUACCCCCGGUUCAUGAACUCUGCUCUCUACAAAGACCUGCUUCGCUCCUUAUCUGAGAAAGCAGUGGAAGCCUAGGAUGUUCAAAAUAUUUAUUAUUAAUAAAACAAAGAACUCGUGGACUCCGUGUAGGACAGGGAAUUUAGAGGCAGUAGUGUCUUCUGCUGGGUCAUACUCGGGUUAUUUUAAUAACAGACUCUUCCUUCUGCAGAAGGCUGUAUAUUCAAGUAAAUUGCGGCCACCUUUUGUGAUACUUUUGGGAAAAAUGGGGUAUGGCUGUGUAGAAAGGUAGUAUAUUUACACUUACAAUGACAGUAGCACUUUCUCAGUGACAAAGGAUACACAAGAAGACACCACACUGCCUGCAGCGUGUACAUCCAUGGGAACAGGACCCAAAUUCCCAUUUUAUAAAGAUGUGACCGCUACCUGUAAAACUGGUAUUCUACUUUAUCUUAGGAUACAUGUAUGUAGAUGCGUAUUAUGUGCGUGUGUAUCUUACAUGGUUAAUGUAAAGCCCUGGGCUCUGAAGUGGAUCAGCCUCAAAUGUUUGAUAAGAGAAGUACUGCCUAGAAAAUGCUCUUGUUGAAAAGUUACCUUUAUUACCAGAAUCUGCCAACCUGAAGAAUGAAUUUUCAUGUAGGUGGUGUUCAUCACAAAGCGUUCAAAUAAGCAUAUCUCCAUUUUUACUAUUGAAAGAAAUAUGGGCAUUUUCACUCUAAAAAAAUAAAGCACAAGAGUUUUAUCUCAA